AUGUCACUCAAUUUGAAGAAGGUGUCUGGAACUUUGUCUGGAAUUUCACCGCUUAUUGUUGGCGGUGCAGUAUUCAAUACUCAGUACAACGAUAACCCUACUGCCUUGCCUAUAUAUAGGUUGUUGGAGAAGGCAUUUAGUCUCGGGAUUAAUGCCAUUGACACGUCCCCGUAUUAUGGCCCUUCUGAAGAGCUAUUAGGAAACACCCUGAGACAGAUGGCUGAAGAUGGCAAAGUAGAACGGAAUAAUUAUUAUAUAUGUACAAAAGUUGGUAGGUUACACCUCGAUGACUUUGAUUACACACCGUCUUGGGUUGAAAAAUCAGUAACCCGUUCAUUACAAAGGUUUCAUACCUCUUACCUAGAUGUUGUUUUUUUGCAUGAUAUCGAGUUCAAAACCGCAGAUGAUAUUAUUGGUGCAUUGCAAAUGCUAAUGGCUUUGAAGAAGAGAGGCUUAAUUAGAUAUGUAGGUAUUUCAGGGUAUCCCGUUCACUUUCUUUACCAAAUAGCCAAACUUUCAAAAGAAACACCAGAUAUUGGGCCUUUAGAUUUAGUGAUGAGCUAUUCGAAUAUGUGUUUACAGAACACAACUUUACAGUUAUAUUAUGAUAAAUUUUUGAGUGACACUGGUGUUAAACUCGUAAAUAAUGCGUCAAUUCUGUCAAUGUCAUUGCUUAGAAACCAAGAGACUAAAUCUUUCCACCCAGCAUCUUCUGAGCUAAAGAAAAGAUGCCAUGAAUUGGGUUCUAUGCUACAAAACAAGUACAAUGUCGAUCUAGCCGAUUUAGCAACAAGAUUUGCAAUUAGAGAAUGGAAGGACAAACAUGGCAAAACUGUACUGGGUGUUUCCACUGUUGAGGAACUGGAGAUUGCUUGGAAGCAAUAUCAACUUGUUCUUGAUGGUUCCCUGGAUGAUAAAGACAGAGAAUUGAUAGACAUUAGCAGAGAAUUCUUAGGUGAGCAUCUUAAUGAAACCUGGGAAAGCGGUAUUAAACAUUAA